AUGCACGGGUGUCCGGGGUUCUCGAGGAAGGUGGCAGGAUCAACGGGUUGCGAUUCGGCGUCCGAGCACCCCGGCCACGGACGAAGUGUUCGGCAAUCGCAUCAACAGUUCCCAGGGUUUGUUGACCAACUAAAGAGGUUGCUGGCACGGAGUUACGCCGGUGAGGAUAUAAGAACCAUGGGGCUUGACUUUCAACAUCUCGGUGCACUGAGUCCUUCAGGCACUAUUGUCAUCGCAGCGCUAAUAAUCAUCAUCUUCGCUGCGUAUCACACGCUCUGGGCUCACAGGCGGGGCAUGCCCCCGCUCCCACCUGGUCCUCCACCAGAACCCAUUUUGGGGCAUUAUCGAAUCGUUCCGCAAGAUGCCGCGUUCAAGCGCUACGCCGAGUGGGCAAAGGAGUACGGUACGAUAUCGACAGACCUGUUUAGGAUGGGCUGGUCCCCGACGCUCACCUGGCUCCGCUGGGGCCCGAAGUACCAGCUUCACCGGAAGGUCUUGCAGCCCCCUUUCACCAAGUCCCGUGUCAGCCAGUAUACGGCUCACCAACGGAAGGAGGCUCGCAUCUUCUGUAAGGGCCUGGUCGAUAACCCUAACGACUGGCUCAUCUCGGUCAGACAGUUCUCGGUAGCCAUCGUGCUCCAGAUCGCGUACGGGCUUGAGGUGGAAGGACCUGAGAGUCAGUGGAUUCGAUUAGCCGAGGAUACCGCCAACGCAGUCGGCAAGUCGGGAGCACCCGCGAGUUCCAUCAUGGACCGCUUUCCAGCAACUGCGACAAUGAUGCUCCUCGUCCUUUACUUGAUGCAAAAUUCUGACGCGCAGCGCAAAGCACAAGAUGAGGUUGACCGAGUCGUAGGGGGCGAGAGGUUACCGACCUGGGACGAUAUUGCCAACCUACCGUACACGAACCUGAUUUUACAAGAGACCUACCGGAUGAAUCCACUCUCAUCCCUCGGCAUCCCUCAUGCAAGCGUUGCGGACGACGUGUACAACGGCAUGUUCAUCCCCAAGGGCACGGUGAUCUACCCAAAUGUCUGGGCCAUGACCCACGACGAGUCCGUCUACGCUGAGCCCUUCCGUUUCUGGCCCGAGAGGUAUCUGUCCAAGGAGCAGGGCGGCAAUGGAGAGCCGUUACCGGUGGGAAAUUUCGGAUUCGGGCGCCGGAUCUGCAUUGGCAGAAAUCUCGCAGAGAACAGCCUCCUGAUCGUAUUAGCCACGAUGCUCGCGACUGUUGAUAUUGACUGGCCGCUGGGAGCAGAUGGCAAACCAACGCCUUUUGAGCCUGAGUGGUCGUAUAGGGGCCAGGCUACCGUCUUGCCAUUCAAGGCCUCGAUCAAAAGCCGCUCUGCAAAGUCCAAAGCAUUGCUGGAUGCAGAGGUUCAAGGUUCAGAGGGCGGCCGCCCUUGA